CGCACAUCGUCCUUAAACAGUUUUAAAAUUUCAAUUCCAUCUAAUCAACAUUCUACAUCUGUGUAAAAAGGUUAUUUCUAUUUGUAUAACAAGACAACAACAAGAUGGAACUUAAUUCUCUUUUAAUUCUGCUGGAGGCUGCAGAGUACUUGGAAAGAAGAGACAGAGAGGCAGAACACGGGUAUGCGUCUGUUUUACCGUACAGGGACGACUUUUCCAGUAAGAAAAUGAAAGCCUCGCCAAUUUCCGGAAAAACUCCGAACAAUCGAUCGUCGCACAACGAGCUGGAGAAACACAGACGUGCCAAACUUCGGCUGUACUUGGAGCAGUUGAAGAAGCUGGUGCCUUUGGGUCCAGACAGCACAAGACACACCACACUGAGCUUGCUGAAAAGGGCCAAGAUGCACAUCAAGAAGCUGGAGGAACAGGACAAAAAAGCUUUGAACACGAAGGAACAGCUGCAGCGAGAGCACCGCUACCUCAAACGCCGCCUGGAGCAGCUUUCUGUGUCCGGAUCCGUUGAGCGCAUCCGUACCGACAGCUUGGGCUCCACCAUCUCCACCGACUCGGAGCAAGAGGUGGACAUCGAGGGCAUGGAGUUAACCCCCGUCGAGGCGGACAGCGCGGGCAGCAUCAGCGACGACGGCGAGGAGGAGGAGGAGGAGGAGGAGGAGGACCCCUACAGCCUCCAGAGCAGCUCCAGCGACACCAGCUACACAGCCACACAUUCCCACAGACUGCAGCCGCACCACUGUUAGACAGCGCGCGGCCAUCAAUCGGCCAACCAGCUUCCUCGGCCGUGCUUCCCUCCCGUCACCUUUACCUUCCCGACCAUUUGAAAACGCCGACGCCGCCCGCCCACAUCAGACCGGUCCACGAGGGUGGUACACCCUGAACAUGUUCCUCCUUUCCCGGCCCCCAGCUCUCCAGGAAGUGCAUGGGGCUGAAAUGCCACUCAAGCCUUCCUGACCCCCCCCCCCCCCCUGACCACUGACCCUACCUCACCCUACUGCACCCUGCCCUCCCAACCCCCUACUUAGUGUUGCCUCAGGCUCAUAGAGAGCAGAGCAGAGUUUAAUGGGGAUUUCUGUAGUGUGGUGGACAGCUUUGACUUGUUAAUAAGGACGUGUGUGUGUGUGUGUGUGUGUGUGUGAUUGAAUGUGUGUGUGUGUGCAAGAGAUAAAGAACAAGCCCGGGAGUGUAAGAGAGGUCAAAAACAAAAGCUUCAUGUCUUCUCUAUGAGACAAUAAUACGCAGACGAGGCUUUGCACCAGGUUUUUCGCGAAGUAAAAGGUAAAGCACUUCUGUUUGUUCUGCAAUAUUUGCAACAUUGAAAGUUAUUUACAUCACAGUAUCUUCCCUUUACACAAUAAGAUUUACCGGAUUAGCUAUUGCAGAAGUCCUGCACUUUGCCUGAAACAUUUGACUGCUGAAAAAUGAUGAUUUAAGACUUUUUUUUUUUUUAUAUCUGAGGAAAUCUAUUUAUUUGCUUUCGUGCCGAGCCGUUUCACGCCAUGAUAGUUUCACAUUUAGCAGUUUAAAUGUCGGGGCGGUGAUUUCGGUCUUGGCAAAGAAGCAAAGAAGCUUUUUUUUCUCAGAAUGUUAAACCGAUUUCUUAAAUUGUUCCACUUUUUAGGAUGUGCUUCUGAAGCGGCGUUGACCUAAAACAGAACUUCUUCAGCAGCUACUUCUGGACACAAAGUCACACCUUUAUGACCAAAAGACAAACUGAAAAAGUUACAGAGCUGUAGCAGAAAAGAAAGAAUGUAUAUAGAUGUACAGUUACUGUCCAACCCCCAGAUCUCCCUCCGGUUGGGUUGCCUAACCACUACUCCACACUACUGACCACUACACUAUACCACCCUAUGGUGUGGAUGGACUACUAUGCCAAUUAAAAAAAAAAAAAAAGGAGUUGCCUCAUAACUAAAAACUCUAUUACUUGAAGAUUGAUUCAAUUAUUGUGAUUCUUUCUAUGUAGCGAAUUGAUGUAGCAAUAAAUACGAGAGGCGGGUGCUUCCUCUGAGUGUUUAAAUUAUUCUGGUGGACCAUGAGGUUUGGAGGGAGACGUUUUACCUUUACCUUUUACCCUGUAAAUGGCCAGUGGGUGCUUUCGGAGGGCGGACCUUCAGAAAAAGGGGCAGUUCUCCUUUUUCUUUAUCACUAAUGGAGUCUUCUCUUUGCUCACCAGGCUAUUCAACCAGAAUUUGCAUUUCUAUACAGCUUUGUUACUUUUUCAAGCAGUUUUCACACGUGUCUGGAAUUUAGGUUUCUUUUGUUCUGAUUAGCAAGUCAAAGUUGUAAAUGUGGAGAAAAAAGUAAAAAAAAAAAAAGGGCCAGCUCUCAUGAUUUUACUCUGUAGAGGCCUUCAAACUAAUCACAUUCAGUUAAACUUUAUUUCUAUAACAAAAUAAUAUUAUUUUCUAUCUGCUACUUAUUUCUAGAGCUUCUGGGUACUGCAGAAGACCAAUGUAGAUGACAUUUCUUCUCUAACUUGUCUUUAACUUAUGCGCAAUAAUUACUAUUGACGGAGGAGCCACUUCUGACUAUUUAAUAAUCAUUAUAGGCCUCAGUCUCCGGCGGUCUUUAGAGCUUGGCAUCUAAACACUUCAAAAAAAAUAGGGCCAGUCCUACAUGGCAGGUCUGACCCAAAACAUUGUAAACUACAAAAGACUCAUGAACACAAACAACUUGCAUACAAAAGAAGCUACUCGUCACUAAAAGUGAUAGUAGCCAGUCUAGUCUAUAUUUCUUGUAUUACAUUUUGUAUUAUAUUUUCCUAAAUGUUCUCUUGUAAUGAAAAGACAAAAAAAGCGAGUAUAUCUAUCAACAUAUAAAUAUAAAUAUAUAUAAAUAUAUGAGAGACAGACAGACAUGAGGUCAGGCUUGUUGAAGGGAGAGUGGGGGCAGGGGAGCUGAUACACUGGCCCCUCUCCCUUGGGUGACUCCUGCUGUCAUUCUGUGCCUUGAUGAGCCUCUAACCUCCCUCCUUCUCUUCCUCCCACCUCCUCGCCCUCAGCCCCUACUCAGGUCACACUCCCCUCCUCUCUACCUGAUUGCAUACUCCCUCUUCUUCUUCGUCUCUGGCGGGCUGAAAGCUUUGAUUUCAACCCUGACCAUGCCAAAACACUUCCAUGAGCAAGGGGAACUUGAAGAGAAUAUCUCAUUUUAAAAUAUAUUGUUUAAAAAAAGAAGAAGCCCCUUUGGUCUCUACUGAGCAGCCACUGUUGUUGUUGUGCACCCUGUCCAGGCACUCCUCACCCUCUUGACGCCCAAUCCUCUGCCAGUGUCGCCUCUGUCACAGAAAAGCAAAAGAAACCACACACUGGUAAACUCCCAUGGCAGCUUCCAGUCGCCCCGAAUGGUCACCAGUGGGGUUCAAAACUUCUGGGCUUGAAGCGUGUUGAUCUUUUCUAAUUUUUUUGCUUGUCAUUUUACUAUUAUUGUAUGUUGACUAUGUGUUUGUUCAAUGGAGUCACUGGGAUAGGAGCGAUAAAAGAAGAAUCCAAUCAAUGGCAGCUUAAAGGUGUAAUCCUCCACGUUCCCAGUGGUCCGUCCCAAAAAUAGUGUUACCCAUUGACCAGAGGACCUCGAGACACAGCAAUAUUACCAUCGUGUGCUUUUCUGAGAGAGGGUGGGCGGACAGGGUUUAAAGACCAGCAGGUGGUUUAGCUUUUUACUCAGUGGUGAAUUAUUUUGGUGACCUCCUAUCUGCACUCUCUCCAUGUACACUGCAGGAGGACAACAACCGCUGUUUUCAAUUUGUCAUCAAGAGUUUACAUUAAUGUCAAAGGACUUGUACAUGGCUGUAUCAGAAAUGUCCUUUUUCAGUUUGUUGGUCAAAUGAACAACCUAGCAAACCAUACUAAUGGCAUAAAGUUAUUCUCUUGCACAGAACCUCCCAGCAGAAAGGUGACAGACCGAAUGGAUUCAGGACCAGACAUGAGAUUACAAUUAUUCAUUGGCGUCAAUAAAAAAUGUGCAUAGCACUAACUUAUAAUGGCUUUGAGCAGCUGACGACGGGCUAACAUGUUUGAAUGCUGGAUGGAGAGUGUUUAUGGAAUAUCUUUUAAUGAUGUGCCUUGGAAAACUUUAUCUUCUCAACAAAAAAGCAGAGAUUUUAGAAAUUAAUGUUAAAUCAGUCACGGUUGCUCAAUAUUUUAAGCCCUUGAAGAGAGAAUUUGUUGCAGCCUUCUUCAUCAAUGCAAAAAGGUAAACAUUCAUGUCAAUUACCCAAUAGGGUUCUUCGUGGAAGUCCUAUUGAGAUGAAAGUGUAAUUUAAGAGACCAUCAGAGCAAGCACAGACCGGAUUCAUAGUUUGCUUUCAUGUUUCUUCUGCACAGAGAUUUACUUUGGUUUGUUGGGUUUUCAAAGAGCACAAAAGCACAGUGUGAUAUUUGGGGAGGUCAGCAGGAAAAAGAAACGGUCUUAUGAAAUCAGGGUGAAGCACAGACCAAGGACAGCCUGCAUAGAGAACGGCGUUGAAGCAGAGAAGUCGCUCCCGCGCACUCGGAUGAAAUCAGAAACGCAGGCGACGCCUGCUGAGUAACGGUGCAUCUGUAAAAACCAACACAAUGACUUCCAUGAAAUGUUAUUCCUGCCAAAUAGUCACUUUUAAACCUUCCAUGCUGAAUGACAUGUGAUUCUAGACAAGUAGCUUUAACUGCACGUACGCUUUAGGUCAGCAUCACGCUUUCCGGACCCCCAGGCUUUGUCUUUUCUCCUUGUUUUGCAUCUUUAUGUGCCGGGUGACGGUCCAGAGGCAAAUGGGUGUCACACCAACAUAGUGGUUCAUAUUUUAUUCCCACAGGAGCCUCAAGGCUGGAGAGGAGGCCGAGCUGGCUGGGUUUUAUAUGGUGGGGAGUUUGUUUGGGCUGACGUACUGUGCAGAGUAGGGAGAGUUCUGUGCCAGAGACCUGUGAAUAUGUUCCUUUUUAGCGGAUGUGUAAUAUGUAUUCAGAAGAUGUUAUAUAAGUUCCUUUUUUUUGUUUUCUGUGUGUGAGACUGUAUGUACAUGACUACCUGGUGCUCGCUACAUUUUAGCAUACACUUGAAGGUAUUGUGUAGUCUCUCAUUGUAAUAUAAUUAAAAUGUUUUAUACAGAAAAUG